AUGUUUCCACCUUUGUUUGCUCUUUCUUCUCUCAUUUGUUUUUUCUCUCGGGACAUCAUUUUCCUUCAGAUGUCUUCAUUUGCAUUUCAUCUUUCAGACAUCUUUUUUGCUUCUUUGUUGCUUGAAUUUUCUUCUUCCUGCUUUUCUUUCUUUUCUUAUUCUAUAUUUUCUUAUCUCUAUCUUCUUUUCAUUUUGAAUGCUUUCUUUUUUAAUUCUUAUUCUUUGUCAAAUUCUUUUCUUUUAUUUCUUUUUUCUCCUUUUUAUAUUUCCUUCUUCUACUAUUCCCUUUUCUUUAACUUUUUUGGUCAUUCUAAUUUAUUUUUGUUUCUUUCAUUUUCUUGCCCUCACUUUUAUUCCUUCGUUAUUUUUUCCUCUUCUUAUUCUUGUCAUUCUGAUUUCACACAAUCUCUCUCUCUCUUCUUUUUCUUUUUCUUUAUUUUUUUUCAUUCUAAUUUCAGACUAUCUCUUCUUUUUUUUACUUCUCUAUUUCCUUUUCAUUCUGAUUUUACACAAUCUCUCUCUUCUUUUUUUCUUGCUCGUCUAUUUUCUUUUUAUUCUGAUUUCACACACUCUCUCUCUCUCUGCUUUUGCUAUAUUCUCCUCUUCCUUUUUUUUUUUCUUGUCAUUUUAAUUUUUCUCUUUCUUUUCUCUUCUUUUUUCUUCUUUUUCUAUUAUUUCUUCAUUUUCUUCUUCUGA